AUGGUCAGACAGCAGUUUCAUGAACAUUGGAUUCUGUGUUUAUUUUUUCAGCUUGUAACAAGAAAGCAUGGUGAUGUCCAGAUAGAAGGAUUUAACCCCUCUGCUGAGGAAGCUUCAGAGGGAACAAGUGAAGCUGUAGAAUGUGGAGUUGAUGUUGUAUUGAACCAGAGGCUUAGUGAAACAUAUGCCUUUGGAGAUAAGAAGAGUUUCACAGCAUAUCUGAAGGAAUACAUGAAAAAAUUAGUCCAAAAAUUAGAGGAAAAGAGCCCAGAUGAAGUUAGUGUUUUCAAAAACAAUACAAAUAAAGUCAUGAAAUAUAUUUUGUUCAGGUUUAAGGACCUUCAGUUUUACACAGGUGAAUCCAUGGACAUCGAUGGUAUGGUUGCCAUGCUUGAGUACAGAGACACUGAUGGCGAUAGUGUUCCUGUUUUAAUGUUAGUUAAACAUGGUCUAGAAGAAGAGAAGUUUUAGGCAAGGUUGACAUCAAUAUUGAAUCGUUAAUAUAAGUGUACAGAAGUGCAGUUGCAGCAGCAUAGAGGUGUCUUGCGUCUGCAACUCUGUAGGAUGUGUAACAAAAAUAGUAUCUGCUCAGGGUCCAUAUCUAUCAAGGNG